AUGGAGAAAAUCAUCUACGACUUCUACUCUGAUCUCUUCGACAGCCAUGUCCGCUUGCCUCCUCACCAUCUGAGGGGAGACGGACAAGUCAUUCCAGAGAACCUUCCGUCAGUACUCAUCAACACCCUGGCGAGGGUCUUUACACGUUAUCUGUCGGAAUGCAAGGUCCCUAAACAGUGGAAGACCAGCAAGACCGUGUUGUUGUAUAAAAAGGGAGAUCCACAUGACAUCGGCAACUAUCGUACAAUCUGUUUACUGUCCGUCAUCUACAAGCUCUUUACAAGAGUGAUCCCUAAUAGGAUUGAAAAAGUCUUGGAUGAAGGACAGCCACGCGAGAAAGCAGGGUUUGGAAAAGCAUUCAGCACAAUUGACCACAUUCAUACUGUUUCGAAACUCAUCGAGGUAUCACGAGAGUACAAGAUGCCGCUCUGUCUCACCUUUAUCGACUUGAAGAAGGUUUUGAUUCAGUUGAAACGGAAGCGCAUCUUCACGACCGGAAUUUCGCCAUUCUACAAGAACACCAUCAUUGACGUGAAGAAGGGGGUCGGACAGGGUGAUACAAUCUCACCCAACAUAUUCACAGCCAUCCUCGAGAACACAAUGCGAAUGUUGGAAUGGGACGACAUUGGACUGGAGGUUGAUGGUCGGCAGCUACACCAUUGCGCUUUGCUGAUGACAUCGUUCUGA